GGUCUAAAGUCAGGCACUUCCGGUGAGCAGCCCAGGGCAUCCGAGCAGAGGCGGCGGCGGCUGCGGCUGUGAGGAGAGCACGUCGGCGGGCUCCGGUCGUAACGUUCCUUAGACGAGGCAGCAUCUGGGAGGCUGAGGUGCCAUCAUGUUCUCUUUCAACAUGUUUGACCACCCAAUUCCUCGGGUCUUCCAGAACCGCUUCUCCACGCAGUACCGCUGCUUCUCCGUGUCCAUGCUCGCAGGGCCUAAUGACAGGUCAGAUGUGGAGAAAGGCGGGAAGAUAAUUAUGCCACCCUCAGCCCUCGAUCAACUCAGCCGACUCAACAUUACCUACCCCAUGCUUUUCAAACUGACCAACAAGAACUCGGACCGCAUGACGCACUGCGGUGUGCUGGAAUUUGUGGCUGACGAGGGUAUCUGCUACCUCCCACAUUGGAUGAUGCAAAAUUUGCUGUUGGAAGAAGGAGGCCUGGUUCAAGUAGAGAGUGUCAACCUCCAAGUGGCCACAUACUCCAAAUUUCAGCCUCAGAGCCCUGACUUCCUGGACAUUACCAACCCCAAAGCAGUAUUAGAAAACGCAUUGAGAAACUUUGCCUGUCUGACCACCGGGGAUGUGAUUGCCAUCAACUACAACGAGAAGAUCUAUGAACUGCGGGUGAUGGAGACCAAGCCUGACAAGGCUGUGUCCAUCAUCGAGUGUGACAUGAACGUGGACUUUGAUGCUCCGCUGGGCUACAAGGAACCCGAGAGACAAGUCCAGCAUGAGGAGUCAACUGAAGGCGAAACUGACCACAGUGGCUAUGCUGGAGAGCUGGGCUUCCGUGCCUUCUCCGGCUCUGGGAAUAGGCUGGAUGGAAAGAAGAAAGGUGUAGAGCCUAGCCCCUCCCCAAUCAAGCCUGGAGACAUUAAAAGAGGAAUUCCCAAUUAUGAAUUUAAACUUGGUAAGAUUACUUUCAUCAGAAAUUCACGUCCAUUGGUCAAAAAAGUUGAAGAGGAUGAAGCUGGAGGCAGAUUCGUCGCUUUCUCUGGAGAAGGACAGUCAUUGCGUAAAAAGGGAAGAAAGCCAUAAGUUGGGACUGUUGGCUGAUUGGAAAAUAAAAUGAUCAAUUGCAACAUAA